CAUUUCAUUCUCGCGCUAAACGUAAGUGAGUAUGGACGUAACGAUACAUCGUUCUUGCUUAACGAUAGCAAAUUCAACAGCGACAAAUAUGAAACAAUAUCAGCACGUUUGUGCUGGAUUUCGAUUGAUUUACUGUAAACGAUAGUUUUUGUGAGUUUGCUUGAUGAAGCAAAAUCAAAUUUUUGAAAAAGAAAUAAAAGACGAAAAAAACUUUUGGAGUUUUUUUCCCUAUUCACGUGUUCAUUGUUUUGAUUUGACCGAUCAUUCAGUUCUGUUUUGAUUAUUUGUUACAAAUUCAACCUACCAACUCGUCCGAAAAGUGAUCAAGUCUUGCGAUCAGACAAAGGAUUUUUAUUAUGUUUUUUUCUUCUCUUUCUGCUUUCUGUCUGUAAAAGUGCAAACAAUUUAACCUAAAGCAAACAUUUUGUGCCCAAGUGUUGAUCGUGCGGUGUGGUGACAGAGUGUUGGCGCGCAUUGGCGACCUAUUCAAAGGCAAAACGAAAAUAAAAAACAACCAACAAGUUGACAAUAUUUCGUAUGCUUGCAAAGUGCUCAAGAAUGCAAUAGUGUUCGACAAAGUGAAACAGUGAGACAGAGACGAAGAGCGAGACUGCUCAAGGUGUGAUCGAAAAUAAAUGUCGUUCAAUUGAAGAAACAAAGAAGGACAGAGACGAAGAUAGAGAGAGAGAGAAAAAAAACACUAACCAAACAAUUUAAAUUCAUUGCUGAGUACGAUUGAAACAUUGUAAGAGUGAAUUUUAGUAUGCGAACAGUGUUUAGUUUGGAGUUUAUAGUUUUGGUAGAAUAUCCACUGAAUUUCAAUAAUUGAUGUGCAAAUAUUCUGAUUAUCGCUUCAACAUUCCAUUUUGCGAUUUUCGUCCAAGAAAAGAGAAAAAAAAAAACAAUAAAAACAGCCGUCAGUUGUGCUUUGCAGUUUCUACUCACUUCACACUACGAAUUUUGAGGUAGCAACCAACAGCAGACCAAUCGAGUUAUUAUUAAUUGUUGUUUAAAAACAUGAGCUCACACGUGAACGAGCAAAGUCUAACAUCCAACACCGCUACACCGCACACUGUCUGAUGCACCGCCAAUUUCGUGUGUAUGUAUUGUGCUCCGUGUGUGUGUGUGUGUGUGUGUGUGCCUGUGUUUGAGUGAGCUAGUGUGUGCAUGCGUUUGAAUAUACUCAAAGACAUUUCCUCCUCAACAAGUUAGCGAAACCGUUGAUAGUCUUCACAUUUUGCUGGCAUUAACAUUCGUUCGCCAAGUGCCAUCAUGCUAUGUUAUGUUUGACUUUCGACGCCGCCGCACGCUCAUAUUUACGACGCAGAGAGAGAGAGACUGAGUACGGCAAUCAUCAUUCGAACGGAAGAAACAGUUUUAAAGACAAACAACAACUAAAUUCGAAUUAGCAUCUGGAAUAUAACAAAACGCACGGUUAAGUGCUACGAAAUGAUAACUUCUCGCGCCCAUAUGUUUUAAAGUGGCCAUAGAAAGUAAAUAUUGCGUCGUGCUUCGCGAGGUCGCUCUGAAGAAAAAGACGAGAAACACGAUCGUUUCUUUUAAUCGGAAUAUUCGAAAUUCGAAUGAAAAGAGAAGCAAAGAAGACAAAAAUAUUUAUUCGACAAUCAGAAUUUAAAUGCAAAUUUGAUGGAACAAGAUUGAGUUUCAUGUUCGGUAAAUAGGACCACAACUGGUUUAUCAGUGAAUACAUACUGUGUGCGUUUUUUUACAAUUACACAAAAAAAAAUUGAAUAUUUAUUUAUUUUUUUUUAAAUGUGCUUGAAGUGAAGAAGAAGAAAUAAACGUGGACUGAAGUGAAACGAAAUAGAUUAACAUAAAAAACGCAAAAUUUCAAACCAAAGAAACGUUUUUUUUUCUUUCUUUCUUUCAACAAAUCAAUUUAUGAACAGAAAAAAAAAAUAUUGAGAGACUCGAAUUUCGGUAUAGAUGAAUUUCGAGGCCAACAGUGAAGUGUUAUUAUAUUAAUUGUGAUUGAACCACAUUUGAAUCAUUUUCGGCAGUACAAUGAAGUCAACAAACAAAAUGUUGUGUUUAGUUAAUUUACCCAACGGUACCACAUUUGGCAUUCAAUGCGAUCCAAAGGCCAUUGGACAGAAAUGCCUGGAAGAGGUAUGCAAAAAUUUGGGCUUCACAUGUGAAACAGAGUAUUUUGGAUUGGUUGAGUGUAACAAGGAGACCAGUCCAUUUACGGUGAUUGGCAGUAGUGCAAGUGGUGGAACGAAUAAUAGCGGUACAUGUACGCGCUACUAUGAAUGGAUCAAUCUGAGAAAUCCGUUGGGUCAACAUGGCAACACGGGUCAACCAUAUUCAUUGGCUUUCCGCGUAAAAUUCUGGGUACCGGCUCAUUUGAUUCUGCAAGAAAGUGUACGAAAUAUAUUUUAUAUGCAGGCAAAAAGUGAUCUACUCGAUGGUCGUCUUCAAGCGCCUGACUGGGAUUCUGCAGCACGGUUAGCAGCAUUGUUGGCACAAGGUGAUGAGAUUAAAUUCGACCAGAAUGCGUUAAAUUGCGAUGAUCCAGAUGAACACCGCAAUUCAAUUACAAAUACAAUACACAAUGGUUAUGCGGACAAUGAUUGUAGCAGCAUUGUUUCAACGUCCGAUAUGACUGCAGUGGGUUGUGUUUCGCUUGGCAGUUUGAGCAGCCAAAAAGAUUCAAUGGGCAAAAGUAAAAAGCGGAAAUUGUCCAAACAAAAGCUAUCAUUGGACGAUGACGAUGAAUCGGAUAAUGAUACAGGUGUUGUGCGUGAGUAUUCACCUCUGCACGUCUACGAAGACUAUGUGAUACAUGUUGAAGAUGGCGUCGAUCCAAUGCCAGCCAAUUUUCUGCGUCAGAUUGCCAUUGAGCAUUCAAAACUAGUGAAAACAUCGUCAAAAUCAGCAAAAUAUUGGCUCUUACAAAGUAUAUUCAAACUCAAUGGAUUCGGUGAAGAGACAUUCAGUGGCAUUCGGAUGCCCUCAUCAUCCGGCCAUCAAACAUCAUCAAUAUCACGGAAUCGCAGCACCUCAGAAACCGCUGAUUGGUCAGAUUAUGUGAAAACACGUGCUAGUCCUAGUUGUCACGACAAUACUUCGGCUCAACGAUGUGAUAUUAGUGUUGGACCGCAUGGACUUCUGAUUACCACACCCGAUGAACAAACUAGAAUACCGUUUAGUGCGGCAUCAUCGGCAACACCAUAUAAACGUAAUUUCCGACUAGUCUAUUUGUCGGAAGCCAACGAGCAUGAAGAAAUCGAAUUGAAAUUGGCCCGACCACGGAUGGCAAUUGCACUAUAUCGUUCAAUCACCGAAAAGCAUGCAUUCUACUCGUGUGAAACGGUCGGCAGUGACGUCACGAAGCAAUUUAUUCGUGAUUUUAAGGGCACAAUCGCAUCCAUGUUCAAUGUUUAUACGAAAUUAGGAAAAUUAUAUGUGUUUGAUAUUCAACGAACGUACCGUGAGGUAUACGAUCAUGCUCGUCGUGUGCUGCACGCAAAGGGAAUUGAUGUUGCAUCAACAUCAUUGUUGAAUGCCACAAACAAAACGGCCAUUGAUUCGAUUGAUUCAUUUGCACCGCUUGGCAUGGAAUUCGGCACAAGAGGCGUUACGGAAUGCAGUACCAGCACCAGUGCCAGUGCCGAUGAUGCACUACAUAAAAUGGAAAAAGAGGUAGCUGAACGUAUUUCGGAAGCGAUAACUUGUCGCAUUUGCAUGGAUCAAGAAAUCGAUACCAGUUUUACACCAUGCGGUCAUAUUACUUCGUGUCAUUCGUGUGCCGAAAAAUGUGAAACAUGCCCACUUUGCCGUGCUAAGAUUACCUGUGUUAAUAAAAUCUAUUUACCGAUGGAGCUACGUUCGACCGCACUGAAUAUUUUUAAUGGUUCUCAUGCAACGAGCGAACAUAGCGAUUAAUCACCUGACAACCAAACCAGUAUCAUCAACAACAACACCAAUCAAAUUCUCGUACAUGAGGAGAAGUAAGGACGCUGAAAGAAAAGAAAAAAGCUAAAACGAACACAGACACAUACUGAAAAUUGAUGCUUCCAACCGAAUUCAGAUCCGGCCGAUUCCAGGAAUGGUUCUAUAUCGAUUUAGACGUUCAACGACGUUGCUCGUUAGUCCAUUCAACAAAUUACCUGCACAUUAGAAUAAUUGCUUGUUCAAAUUGACGCGCACAUUUGCACCGGUCAACAAUGUGCUAGAGAAAUUCAUUUAUUCAAUCUCCUCUUUCCAUCUGCCAUUAAAUACAUUGAGUUCUCUUUUUUUUUAAAACCUCAUUGCUUGGUCAGUCACAAGCAAUUUCUCUUCGUCGUCCAUUUUACAUCGGAUCCCGGUGUACAUCAAUUGGCGAAUUCGAUAGUCAAACAGGGGCAAAUUCAACUCAUUAUUCAUCUGUAACAAUAGAAUCUGACUCUAUGUUCACUUUGACUUAAAUUCAUUUGAUCUGUGUGCAUGCGUGUGUGUUUAUGUAAAUAGCUAAAUAUGAAUCAUUUUCAAUGUAUGUGACAUUUAUUCGCAAUGUGAAUUGAAAGAGAUCAAUCGAAUUCUUCAAUAUCGCAAAUGACAUUAGGCUUGGAUAAAAACUCGUAAACACCGCAAUUAAAUGAUGGAAUUCAACAAAUUAGCUUCAAUUGUAGGGAACCUUUGAUCAUUAACAUAGGAAACAAGUAUGAUGAUGGCGUCAAUGAAAAUUGAGCAUAUUGAUUGGGUUAAAAUAACGAUUUAGAUUUAAAUUUAAGCAAGAAAAAAAUAAAUUGCAUCUGCUUUGAUUUUAAUGGAAAAUGGAAAUGAUGAUGACGAUGAAUAGGCAAGGAAUCAGCCAAUAAGGUGUAUAAAUCUAUUUUUAUUUUUUCGAAUUUAUUGGCAUUUUUUGUAUUUUCAUUUUACAAUUGGAAAUUUGUUCCGAAAUUCAUUGACAACAAACAAAUGUUUAUUGUUUUCAUAAUUAUUGUAAAUUAUGUCCGAAUGUCCAAAUAAAUGGCUUUAAAGAGAAGAUAAACUCGAUUGAUGCCCUUGCGUUCGUACAUUUUGAAGGCCUAUGUUACAAUUAGUUAUUUAGUUUCCAUUCGUACACUAUCUCAUUAGACUAAUAAUGCUUAAUUUUAGACAUAUAUAUGUUUUAUAUUGGUUCAAAAUACCAGACAAAAAAAGAAUACCCAAUACAUUAAUGUUACGUUUAGUGGUUAUUUUCGUGAUUGUAUUGACACAAUUUCACGAACAAAAACAAAAUUUAUUUAAAGAAAAUACACUCCUACUACUAAUGUGGACAAAUAAAACUGAACAAUUGAACAAUUGAAAAACAAA